CCCGCCCCAUUCUCCCGCUUUCCAUCACCCCGCCCCUUCUCCCGCUUUCCAUCUCCCCGCCCCAUUCUCCCGCUUUCCAUCACCCCGCUCCAUUCUCCCGCUUUCCAUCACCCCGCCCCAUUCUUCCGCUUCCCAUCAUCCCGCCCCUUUUCCCCGCUUUCCAUCACCCCUCCCCAUUCUCCCUCCUUCCAUCACCCCGCCCCAUUCUUCCGCUUUCCAUCACACCGCCUCAAUCUUCCGCUUUCCAUCACCCGCCCCAUUCUCCCGCUUUCCAUCACCCUACCCCAUUCACCGCUUUCCAUCACCUCGCCCCAUUCUCCCGCUUUCCAUCACCCCGCCUCAAUCUUCUGCUUUCCAUCACCCCGCCCCAUUCUCCCGCUUUCCAUCACCCUGCCCCAUUCACCCGCUUUCCAUCACCCGCCCCAUUCUCCCGCUUUCCAUCACCCCGCCCUAUUCUCCCGCUUUCCAUCACCCCGCCUCAUUCUCCCGCUUUCCAUCACCCCGCCCCAUUCUCCCUCCUUCCAUCACCCAGCCCCAUUCUCCUGCUUUCCAUCACCCCGCCCCAUUCUCCCUCCUUCCAUCACCCCGCCCCAUUCUCCCUCCUUCCAUCACCCCGCCCCAUUCUCCCGCUUUCCAUCACCCCGCCCCAUUAUCCCUCCUUUCAUCCCCCCGCCCCAUUCUCCCGCUUUCCAUCACCCGCCCCAUUCUCCCGCUUUCCAUCACUCCGCCCCAUUCUCCCGCUUUCCAUCACCCCGCCCCAUUCUCCCACUUUCCAUCACCCCGCCCCAUUCUCCCUCCUUCCAUCACCCCGCCCAUUCUCCCUCCCCCGCCCCAUUCUCCCGCUUUCCAUCACCCCGCCCCAUUCUUCCGCUUCCCAUCAUCCCGCCCCAUUCCCCCGCUUUCCAUCACCCCUCCCCAUUCUCCAUCCUUCCAUCACCCCGCCCCAUUCUCCCCCUUUCCAUCACCCGCCCCAUUCUCCCGCUUUCCAUCACCUCGCCCCAUUCUCCCGCUUUCCAUCACCCCGCCCCUUUCUCCCGCUUUCCAUCAUCCCGCCCCAUUCUCCCUCCUUCCAUCACCCUGCCCCAUUCUCCCGCAUUCCAUCACUCCGCCCCAUUCUCCCUCCUUCCAUCACCCCGCCCCAUUCUCCCUCCUUCCAUCACCCCACCCCAUUCUCCCACUUUCCAUCACCCCGCCCCCUUCUCCCUCCUUCCAUCACCCCGCCCCAUUCUCCCUCCUUCCAUCACCCCGCCCCAUUCUCCCGCUUUCCAUCAGCCCGCCCCAUUUUCCCGCUUUCCAUCACCCCAACCCAUUCUUCCGCUUCCCAUCAUCCCAUCCCAUUCCCCCCCUUUCCAUCACCCCUCCCCAUUCUCCCUCCUUCCAUCACCCCGCCCCAUUCUCCCCCUUUCCAUCACCCGCCACAUUCUCCCGCUUUCCAUCACCCCGCCCCAUUCUUCUGCUUUCCAUCACCCCGCCCCAUUCUCCCGCUUUCCUUCACCCUGCCCCAUUCACGUGGACGUGGACGUGGACGUGGACGUGGACAUGGACAUGGACGUGGACGUGGACGUGGAUGUGGACAUGGACGUGGACGUGGACGUGGACGUGGAAGUGGACGUGGACGUGGACAUGGACGUGGACGUGGACGUGGACGUGGACCUGGACGUGGACGUGGACGUGGACGUGGACGUGGACGUGGACGUGGACGUGGACAUGGACAUGGACGUGGACGUGGACGUGGACGUGGACGUGAACAUGGAAAUGGUCGUGGACGUGGACGUGGACGUGGACGCGGACGUGGACGUGGACGUGGACGUGGACGUGGACGUGGACGUGGACGUGGACGGGGACGUGGACGUGGACGUGGACGUGGACGUGGACGUGGACGUGGACGUGGACGUGGACGUGGACGUGGACAUGGACGUGGACAUGGACGUGGACAUGGACGUGGACGUGUACGUGGACAUGGACGUGGACGUGGACGUGGACGUGGACAUGGACAUGGACGUGGACGUGGACGUGGACAUGGACGUGGACGUGGACGUGGACAUGGACGUGGACAUGGACGUGGACGUGGACGUGGACAUGGACGUGGACGUGGACGUGGACAUGGACGUGGACAUGGACGUGGACGUGGACGUGGACAUGGACGUGGACGUGGACGUGGACGUGGACGUGGACAUGGACGUAGACAUGGACGUGGACGUGGACGUGGGUGUGGACGUGGACAUGGACGUGGACAUGGAAAUGGACGUGGACAUGGACGUGGACAUGGACGUGGACGUGGACGUGGACAUGGACGUGGACGUGGACAUGGACAUGGACGUGGACAUGGACGUGGACGUGGACGUGGACAUGGACGUGGACAUGGACGUGGACGUGGUCGUGGACAUGGACGUGGACGUGGACAUGGACGUGGACGUGGACAUGGACAUGGUCGUGGACAUGGAUAUGGACGUGGACAUGGACGUGGACGUGGACAUGGACGUGGACAUGGACAUGGACGUGGACGUGGACGUGGACAUGGACGUGGACAUGGACGUGGACGUGGACGUGGACGUGGACAUGGACAUGGACGUGGACGUGGACCUGGACGUGGACGUGGACAUGGACGUGGACGUGGACGUGGACAUGGACGUGGACAUGGACGUGGACGUGGACAUGGACGUGGACGUGGACGUGGACGUGGACGUGGACGUGGACGUGGACAUGGACGUGGACGUAGACGUGGACGUGGACGUGGACGUGGACGUGGACAUGGACGUGGACGUGGACAUGGACGUGGACAUGGACGUAGACGUGGACGUGGACGUGGACAUGGACAUGGACGUGGACGUGGACGUGGACGUGGACAUGGACGUGGACGUAGACGUGGACGUGGACGUGGACGUGGACGUGGACGUGGACGUGGACGUGGACAUGGACGUGGACGUGGACGUGGACAUGGACGUGGACAUGGACGUGGACGUGGACGUGGACGUGGACAUGGACAUGGACGUGGACAUGGACGUAGACGUGGACGGGGACAUGGACGUGGACGUGGACGUGGACGUGGACAUGGACGUGGACGUGGACGUGGACGUAGAAACGGACCUGGACGUGGACGUGGACAUGGACGUGGACGUGGACGUGGACGUGGACGUGGACAUGGACGUGGACUUGGACGUGGACGUGGACGUGGACAUGGACGUGGACGUGGAAUGGACGUGUGGACGUGGACGUGGACGUGGACGUGGACAUGGACGUGGACGUGGACGUGGACAUGGACGUGGACAUGGACGUGGACGUGGACGUGGACAUGGACGUGGACGUGGACAUGGACACGUGGACGGGGACAUGGACGUGGACGUGGACGUGGACGUGGACGCGGACAUGGACGUGGACGUGGACGUGGACGUAGAAACGGACCUGGACGUGGACGUGGACAUGGACGUGGACGUGGACGUGGACGUGGACGUGGACAUGGACGUGGACUUGGACGUGGACGUGGACGUGGACAUGGACGUGGACGUGGACGUGGACGUGGACAUGGACGUGGACAUGGACGUGGACGUGGACGUGGACGUGGACGUGGACAUGGACGUGGACGUGGACAUGGACGUGGACGUGGACGUGGACGUGGACGUGGACGUGGACAUGGACGUGGACGUGGACGUGGACGUAGAAAUGGACGUGGACGUGGACGUGGACAUGAACGUGGACGUAGACGUGGACGUGGACGUGGACGUGGACGUGGACGUGGACAUGGACGUGGACGUGGACGUGGACGUGGACGUGGACGUGGACAUGGAGGAAGACGUGGACGUGGACAUGGACGUGGACGUGGACGUGGACGUGGACGUGGACAUGGAGGUGGACAUGGAGGUGGACAUGGAGGUGGACGUGGACGUGGACGUGGACGUGGACAUGGACGUGGACGUGGACGUGGACGUGGACGUGGACGUGGACGUGGACGUGGACCUGGACGUGGACGUGGACGUGGACAUGGACGUAGACGUGGACGUGGACGUGGACGUGGACAUGGACGUGGACGUGGACAUGGACGUGGACGUGGACGUGGACGUGGACAUGGACGUGGACGUGGACGUGGACGUGGACGUGGACGUGGACGUGGACGUGGACGUGGACGUGGACGUGGACGUGGACGUGGACGUGGACAUGGACGUGGACCUGGACGUGGACGUGGACGUGGACGUAGACAUGGACGUGGACGUGGACGAGGACGUGGACGUGGACGUAGACGUGGACGUGGACGUGGACGUGGACGUGGACGUGGACAUGGACGUGGACGUGGACGUGGACGUGGACGUGGACGUAGACGUGGACAUGGACGUGGACAUGGACGUGGACGUGGACGUGGACGUGGACAUGGACAUGAACGUGGACAUGGACGUGGACGUGGACCUGGACGUGGACAUGGACGUGGACGUGGACGUGGACGUGGACGUGGACAUGUACAUGGACGUGGACGUGGACGUGGACGUAGAAACGGACCUGGACGUGGACGUGGACAUGGACGUGGACGUGGACGUGGACGUGGACGUGGACGUGGACGUGGACAUGGACGUGGACGUGGACGUGGACGUAGAAAUGGACGUGGACGUGGACGUGGACAUGGACGUGGACGUAGACGUGGACGUGGACGUGGACGUGGACGUGGACGUGGACGUGGACAUGGACGUGGACGUGGACGUGGACGUGGACGUGGACAUGGACGAAGACGUGGAUGUGGACAUGGACGUGGACGUGGACGUGGACGUGGACGUGGACAUGGAGGUGGACAUGGAGGUGGACAUGGAGGUGGACGUGGACGUGGACGUGGACGUGGACGUGGACGUGGACGUGGACGUGGACGUGGACAUGGACGUGGACGUGGACGUGGACGUGGACGUGGACAUGGACGUGGACGUGGACAUGGACGUGGACGUGGACGUGGACGUGGACGUGGACAUGGACCUGGACGUGGACGUGGACGUGGACGUAGACGUGGACGUGGACGUGGACGUGGACGUGGACGUGGACAUGGACGUGGACCUGGACGUGGACGUGGACGUGGACGUGGACAUGGACGUGGACGUGGACGUGGACGUGGACGUGGACGUAGACGUGGACGUGGACGUGGACGUGGACGUGGACGUGGACAUGGACGUGGACGUGGACGUGGACGUGGACGUGGACGUGGACGUGGACAUGGACGUGGACAUGGACGUGGACGUGGACGUGGACGUGUACGUGUACGUGGACGUGGACGUGGAUGUGGACGUGGACGUGGACGUGGACGUGGUCGUAGACGUGGACGUGGACGUGGACUUGGACGUGGACAUGGACGUGGACGUGGACGUGGACGUGGACGUGUACGUGGACAUGAACGUGGACGUGGACGUGGACGUGGACGUGGACGUGGACAUGGACGUGGACAUGGUCAUGGACGUGGACGUGGACGUGGACGUGGACGUGUACGUGGACAUGAACGUGGACGUGGACGUGGACGUGGACGUGGACAUGGACGUGGACAUGGACAUGGACGUGGACGUGGACGUGGACGUGGACGUGGACGUGGACGUGGACGUGGACGUGGACGUGGACGUGGACGUGGACGUGGAAGUGGACGUGGACGUGGACAUGGACGUGGACGUGGACGUGGACGUGGACAUGGACGUGGACUUGGACGUGGACAUGGACGUGGACGUAGAAAUGGACAUGGACGUAGACGUGGACAUGGACGUGGACGUAGACGUGGACGUGGACGUGGACGUGGACGUGGACGUGGACAUGGAGGUGGACAUGGAGGUGGACAUGGAGGUGGACGUGGAGGUGGACGUGGACGUGGACGUGGACGUGGACAUGGACGUGGACGUGGACACGGACGUGGACGUGGACGUGGACGUGGACGUGGACGUGGACGUGGACGUGGACGUGGACGUGGACGUGGACGUGGACGUGGACGUGGUCGUGGACGUGGACGUGGACGUGGACUUGGACGUGGACGUGGACGUGGACGUGGACGUGGACGUGUACGUGGACAUGAACGUGGACGUGGACGUGUACGUGGACAUGAACGUGGACGUGGACGUGGACGUGGACGUGGACGUGGACAUGGACGUGGACAUGGUCAUGGACGUGGACGUGGACGUGGACGUGGACGAGGACGUGGACGUGGACGUGGACGUGGAAAUGGACGUGGACGUGGACGUGGACGUGGACGUGGACGUGGACGUGGACGUGGACAUGGACGUGGACGAGGACGUGGACGAGGACGUGGACGUGGACGUGGACGUGGACGUGGACGUGGACAUGGACGUGGACGUGGACGUGGACGUGGACGUGGACGUGGACGUGGACGUGGACGUGUACGUGGACGUGGACGUGGACGUGGACGUGGACGUGGACGUGGACGUGUCGUAG